AUGGAUAUUAAUCCACCCUGGCCAAAAGGAAAGAAAGUUGUCCACCUGGAUCUUAAAGGAGCCCCUCCCAAAUUGGAUUACCUUUGUCAGCUGAUCGAAUGCUUCUCUCGGAUGGGUGUUGAUGGUUUGCUCGUGGAAUAUGAGGACAUGUUUCCUUAUGAGGGAGAGCUGAAGCUCCUGCAGGCCACAGCACAACGUCCAUAUAGCCGAGAUGAGAUUAUAUUCAUGCAAAAAGUCGCAAAAUCUAAAGGAAUGGAGGUGAUUCCACUUGUGCAGACCUUCGGCCAUAUGGAGUUUGUGCUGAAACAUCCAUCCAUGUGGAGUCUUAGAGAAGUGUCCAACUGCGUAGGCACCCUCAAUCCCUGCAAGGAAGAAGGACUCAAGCUUGUGAUGGAGAUGCUGAGGCAGGUGGUGGCGCUGCAUCCUGAUUUAAAAACACUGCAUAUCGGUGCAGAUGAGGUGUACAUGUUGGGUGAGGGUGAACUGUCAAAACAGUGGUUGGCGUCACCCGGACGCUCUGUGGAACAACUUUUCUUGAGUCAUGUUGCAUCUGUGGUCAAUUAUAUCAAGGAGGCGUGGCCUCAUAUGACUAUCAUCGUGUGGGAUGAUAUGAUGAGAGGGAUGAGUCAGGACACACUAAAAGCGAGUGGUAUUCUAGGACGAGUCCAACCGAUGCUGUGGGAUUACACCCCUAAUCUGGAUGUGGAGAAAACCGUGUCAUUGCUGGAGAAGUACUACAGUGCUGGUAUGCAACAUAUAUGGGCGGCCAGCUCCUUUAAAGGCUCUACCAGGGUUUACACUAAUGUACCCAGUACACAGAGGCAUGUAGAUAACCAUUUGCAAUGGUUAAAAGUAGCCCAAUCCGUGCCUUCUGGUUUAAACAUUAUGGGUAUUGCUCUUACAGGCUGGCAAAGGUAUGACCACCUCUCGGUGCUAUGUGAGCUGAUGCCUUUGGCUCUUCCGUCACUAGCAGCCUGUCUCCAAACACUCAUCCAUGGCCAGUUUAGUCCUGAGGCUCAAAAGAUAGUCACCGAACUUUUAGAUAUCUCCUCUGUGGAGGCAGGGUCCAUGGGAAGUGCAACUGGAGAUGUCCGCCUGUUCCCUGGAAGGAGACUGGCGGAGUCGAUUGUGGACCUGGACUCACUUCUUUGUCUUGAAGACAUCAAGUCUUUUGAGAAAAAUAUGUAUGUUCGAGGAUGGUUCAGUCCCUACCAAAAAUCACGAAGAAUGGUAAACCCUCUCAUCAGCGUACAGAUUCAGAGUCAAGCAUCAAUGUAUUUGGAUCUAUUGCAAGAGAAGGUUAAUGUUGUAAGAGAGGGGAUGAGGCAUAUUUAUCCAGAUUCAACAGCUCAAGAAUGGAUGGAGGAACACGUUAGCCCAGUAAUGGGCCCCCUUAAGAGGAUUCUAGAUGAAAUCACAGAGUGCUCCAUGGAGAUAGUUCCAGCUCAGCGCUAA